GAGAGAAUCUGAGUUUGAGCAAGUGGUUGGUCUUCAGCGUCUGUUUCAAAGCCUCAAACAAACUAACUCCAAUCCGCAGCAUUUCCAUGGCGUUCUCUGCGACAUCUUACAUUUCCUCUUCUUCCUCACCUUCCUUUGCUUUUUGCUGCAAAACCCAGAGACCCAUUUUUACUCGGACCUCAAAAUCCUUGAUAAUAAGAGCUUCAACCACUCUCGACUACUCCAAGCUCUCCUUGGGCGACAAAUCCUCAGCCCCCACAAAGACAAAUAACUGGCAAUGGAGAUUCAAGGAUAAUAAGAUUAACAUCUACUAUGAGGAACAUGAAGGAAAGGGCGGUGAUUCUUCAAAGAAUAUUCUUUUGGUUCCAACAAUUUCUGAUGUAAGCACAGUCGAGGAAUGGAGAUCGGUAGCGAGGGAUAUAGUUCAGCGAGACGGUAAAGUCAAUUGGCGUGCCACCAUUGUCGAUUGGCCAGGUCUAGGGUACUCUGAUAGGCCUAAGAUAGACUACAAUGCUGAUCUGAUGGAGAAGUUUUUGGUUGACUUUAUCAAUGCAUCCGAUGGCCCGAUAAGCAGUUCAGCUGAUGAUUUGGUGGUAUUUGGGGGAGGGCACGCAGCAACAAUUACCAUCCGUGCCGUGAAAAAGGGACUUCUUAAGCCAAAAGGUAUUGCUGCCAUUGCGCCCACCUGGGCUGGUCCUCUUCCUAUUGUGUUUGGUCGAGACUCCAGCAUGGAAACAAGGUAUGGAUUGCUUAGGGGAACCUUAAGAGCCCCUGCUGUCGGCUGGAUGAUGUAUAAUAUGCUCGUCAGCAAUGAGAAAGCCAUUGAAUCCCAAUACAAAUCCCAUGUCUAUGCGGACCCUGAAAAUGUAACUCCUGGUAUUAUUGAAAGCAGAUAUGCACUAACAAAACGCGAAGGUGCUCGCUAUGCUCCCGCUGCAUUCUUGACUGGUCUGCUUGACCCUGUACAAUCCCGAGAAGAGUUUCUUAAACUCUUUGCAGAUAUUGAAGGAAAGGUGCCAGUUGUGGUUGUAUCAACUGAUGGAUCUCCAAAGAGGUCAAAAGCAGAAAUGGAAGCUCUCAGGGGAGUUAAAGGGGUGAGCAAGUUUGUCAAGGUACCAGGCGCUCUUCUUCCACAGGAGGAGUAUCCCCUUUUGGUUGCUGAAGAGCUUUACCAAUUCCUGCAAGAAAAAUUUUGAUUUGGAGUUUAAAGCUUGGUUUACAUUAUACUUUAGGCUUUGGUUGGGUAUACAUGAAUAAUUCGGUUUUAGCCCCCAUUGUUGUAGUAUAGAUUUUGCAAGAGUAGAAAAGUUUGCCCAAGAAUAUGAAUCAUUGAAAUAUACGGACCUUUUUUUUUUCUUGUUAUUGUGUAGCAUAUACAUAUAUUUUGCACUAUUAUU